AUUCACACGAACAAGCCUGGGGUGAAAAUACUCAGGCAUCCAAUCAUGUUUGCAAAACCACAUGAAGUUGAAGCCACUCCCCACACACUCACAGACAAACACACACACACACACACACACACUGCUGCAGCAACUCCUGCUGCUGUGAAAGCCACAGUCACUAUGACCAGAGAUAUCUCCGCUCACAAUCACUACACCACAACAUUUCAGCAUGAGAGCCUUUUAGAAACUUUUGAAGAAUUUACCAACAAAAGAAAGGUAACCUGGGGAAUUCUCACCAACCAAGGUUCCUGGGCAGACCGGUCACCCCUGCAUGAAGCAGCCAGCCAAGGUCGCCUUCUGUCCCUCAAAACCUUGCUCGCACAGGGUCACAGUGCCAACACGCUGACAAUAGAUCACGUUUCUCCUCUCCAUGAAGCAUGUCUAGGGAACCAUGUCGCAUGUGCCAAAGCCUUAAUAGAAGCCGGUGCUGAUGUCAAUGCCAUCACCAUUGACGGGGUGACGCCGCUGUUCAAUGCGUGUUCCAGCGGCAGUGCCAACUGUGCCGAGCUGGUGCUACAGAACGGAGCCAGCCUGCAAGGCCAGGACUGCCUGGUCUCAGCUAUCCAUGAGGCGUCCAGUAAAGGUCACAGUGAAUGCAUACAAGUCCUGAUCUCCUGGGGAGUGGACAUAGACCUGGACAUCCCACACCAAGGAACGCCACUGUACGUUGCCUGUGUCCAUCAGCAGUACUUCUGCAUUAAGAAACUGCUCCAUGCAGGAGCCAAUGUGCAGAAAGGCAAACAUCAGGACAGCCCCCUACACACAGCGGCGCGGCAGACCAACCCGGAUAUCGUCACGUUGCUGCUCGACUUUGGAGCGGAGGUACGAGCCAGGAAUGCGGAGGGAGAGCGGCCCAUUGAUGUGGCCGUCACCAGUAGCUCCGUCGACAGGCUGCUGCUACAUUAUGAAGCCACUCCCAGCUCGUUGUGCCAGCUUUGCCGCCUGUGUGUGAGAAACUGCAUCGGCAGGCCCCGUCUACAGUACAUUCCACAGCUGCAGCUGCCCAGGCUGCUGAAGGACUUCCUGCAGCAUCAGUAACCUGCUUCCCUUCUCACCGCAGCCACCGUGCAGAGCUGUGUUAACUCCUCGCUGUACAUAGACUUGUUGACAAACCUGUUGUUGCAAAUCACUCUCACCCUCUUUCAUCUGUUUUUCUCCCAAUCCGUGCAAAAGAACAAAUUUCAGGAGUGGGAAUCGGCCGGGAGCAGGUGAGAUGGAAGCAAACUUACACACACCCGACACAAUUAAUUCUGAUGCAAUCUUAGUACUUACUUACUUAGAGAUACAGCACGGAAACAGGCCCUACAGCCCACCCAGUCCAUGCCGACCAUCGAUCACCCCUUCACACUAGUUCUAUGUUAUCCCACUUUCUCAUCCACUCCCUACACACUAGGGGACAAUUUACAGAGGGCCGAUUAACCUACAAACCCGCACGUCUGUGGGAUGUGGGAGGAAACUGUAGCACCCGUAGAAAACCUACGCGAUCACAGGGAGAACGUGCAAACUCCGCAAGGUCAGGAUCGAACUGGGAAAAUACUGGCCUGGAGCUGUGAGGCAGCAGCACAAUACCCCACACCACUGUACUGUUCAUUGUCACUGAAUCUCCAUACUGAGUUAGAAUAAUAUUUCAUACCUCAAGUUUGGGUAGACAGUCAAAACCUUUUCCCCAGAGUGGAAAUGUCAAAGACUAAAGGGCAUAACUUUAAGGCGAGGGGGCCAAAGUGCAAAGGAGAUGUGCGGGGCAAGUCUGUUUUACACAGAGAUUAUUGGGGCGCUGCCAGGGGGAGGUGGUGGAGACGGAUACAAUAGUGGUGUUUAGGAGACUUGCAUAGGCACUUGGAUGUUCAGGGAAUAGAGGGAUAUGGGUUACAUGCAUGACGAUCAGAGUUGGUUUUUGUAAUCAUUUUCAACAUGGACAUUGUAGGCUGAUGGGCCUGUUGAUGUGCCGUACUGUUUUAUGUCCCAAGUUAUCGAGGACAAUCCUUUUCAUUGAUGUAAUACAGUAACUUGGAACACCAUGGUCUCUCUGAAGGACAUUUAGACAGACACAGAUAGGAUAGGUUUAGAGAUAUAUGUGCCAAACAUGGGCAGGUGGGAGUAGCAUGAAUGGGGCAUGUUGGUCGGCAUGGGCUAGUUGGGCCGAAGGGCCUGAUUUCCCUGCUGUAUGACUCUAGCUCCUAAAUGCUGUGUGGCUUUUCCAGCCUGACCUUGCCCUUCCUUUCCCUUUAUAGUCAACCCCGUGAAGGCCCCAGUUGACGGCACAGAUGCCCGCCUGCGUUAAGGUACAUGACCUGCUUUGAUGUGCUGAUGACAUGCAAACAGAUUCUCGCCCACCAUGGUGGUCUAUCCAGUCACCGAUCAUUCCUUUUGCCACAGUUGUCCAACAUCGUUCACAGCUGAACGUCUGUAUUCAUCGUCUACAUGUCCCCACAUCUCCCAGACAUAGGGCACCAGUCAUAGACAUCGGAAACAGGCCCUGUGGCCCAACUUACCCAUUUGACCAAGAUGCCCCAUCUGCACUAGUCCCACCUGCCCGCGUUUGGCCCAUGUCCCUCUAAACUUAUCCUAUCCAUGUACCUGUCCAAACGUAUUUUAUAGUACCUGCCACGACUACCUCCUCUGGCAGCUCGUUCCAUACACCCACCUUAUGUGAAAAUGUUGCCCCUCAAUCUUUCCCGUCUCUCAUUAAACUUAUGUCCUCUGGAUCUUGAUUCCCUUACCCUGGGUAAAAGACCAGGAUGGUCGAUGUUUCGAGUCUCUGGCCUUGAGAUCCAGUCGCCUUUGUCAGAACUCGGCUUGGUUGUUUGAAUUCAUCCAAACAUUACACCACCGAUAGAAAAAAAAAGCCCCAAUAUCUUUCAAUGAUUUGAGUUACAUUUAUCUGCCUCCUUUUAUGGGGAGUUCUACAUGUUGGACACUCAGUUUGCUUGCAUUGACAAAACUUGACUGGGUACAUCUGAAGCUUGGACUGACACUAACAUCGAGUGACAAGGAGAGAAGUCUCUCCUGCUAACACCAUCUAUCCAGACCCAUGUUACUGUACUACAUAGGUGCAAACAUUGGUCCUAAAUCACUUUGGGCAAACAGAAGAUAGAAUAGGACAGCACAGGCCUUUCAGCCCACAAUGCCCAUGCCAAAUAUGAUGCCAAGUUAAUCUUCACUGCCUGGACCUGAUUCAUAUUUCUCCAUUCCCUGCAUAUCCAUGUGCUGGUCUAAAAGCCUCUUAAACACCACUAUCAUAUCUGCCUCCACCACCACCACCACCGGCAGCACGUUCCAGGCACCCACCACCCAUUGUGUAAAAAAAUUUGCCCCGCAUAUCUCCUUUAAACUUAGCCCCUCUCACCUUAAACCUACGCCCUCUAGUCUUUGAUUUUCCUAUUCUGGGAAAAAGAUUGUGACUAUCUACCCAAUCUGUGCCAUAAUUCAGGUCUCACUGCAACUUCCAGCGUUCCAGAGAAAACAAUGGAAGUCUCAACACGAAACAUCAUCUGUCCAUUUCCUCCUCCCACCUUCCCAGAUGCUGCCUGACCUGCUCAAUUCCUCCAGCUUGCUGUCCUUUGCUCUUUGAAGUAGAUAAUUUCUCUACAAUAAUUUGUAAUAUCUGUGGCAAACUAUUUAGGAAUACAAUACUCACUCAUGAGUCCCAACCCAAAAUGUGUAGAAUUUUAAUCCUGCACCUAUGUGUAGAAUUUAAAAUCCUGCACCUAUUUUCUAUGCUUCUAUGCCCAGAGAACCAGAGAAGACUGAGGUGAGAAAAAACAUUUUCACCCAGAGAGUUGUGAAUUUGAGGAAUUCCCUGCCACAGAGGGCAGUGGAGGCCAAAUCACUGGAUGGAUUUAAGAGAGAGUUAGAUAGAGCUCCAGGGGCUAGCGGAAUCAAGGGAUAUGGGGAGAAGGCAGGCACGGGUUAUUGAUGGGGGACGAUCAGCCAUGAUCACAAUGAAUGGUGGUGCUGGCUCGAAGGGCCGAAUGACCUCCUCCUGCACCUAUUUUCUAUGCUUCUAUGCUGCCUGACCCGCUGAGUUACUCCAGUACUCUGUCUUUUUUUGUAAACCAGCAUCUGCAGUUCCUUGCAUCGACUCGUAAGGUGAUAAGUGAUAUCAGAAUUAGGCCAUUCGGACCAUUGUCUACUCCGCCAUUCAACAUGGCUGACCCAUCCUUCAACCCCAUUCUGCUGCCUUCCCAUAACCCCUGACACCCGUACUAAACAAGAAUCUGUCAAUCUCUGCCUUAAAAAUAUCAAUUGACGGCCUCCACAGCCAUCUGUGACAAUGAAUUUCACAGAAUCACCACCUGAAGAAUGGCUAAAGAAAUUCUUCAUCACCUUCCUAAAGGAACGUCCUUUUAUUCCAAGGCUAUGAACCGUGGUCCAAGACACUCCCACUAGUGGAAACAUCCUUCCCACAUCCACUCUAUCCAAGCCUUUCACUAUUUGGUGUUUCAAUGAGGUCCCCCCUCAUUCUUCUAAACCCCAGCGAUUUCUUUAGCCAGUUCUGAAUCUGUGGAAUUCUCUGUCACAUGGAUAUAGAUACAUAGAAAAUAGGAGCAGGAGUAGGCCAUUUGGCCGUUCGAGCCUGAACAUCCACAAUUAGUUCCCAGUUCCUGCCUUCUCCCCAUACCCCUUGAUUCCGCUAGCCCUAAGAGCUCUAUCUAACUGAUUACAUCCACUGAUUGCAUCCAGUGAUAUGGUCUCCACUGCCUCAUCUCAGUUCUAAAUGGUCUAUCCAUUACUCUUAAACUGUGGCACCUGGCUCUGGACUUCCCUAACAUCGGGAACAUGUUUCCUGCAUCUAGCCUGUCCAAUCCCUUAAUAAUUGUAUAUGUUUCUAUUUCAUCCUUCUAAAUUCCAGUGAAUACAAGUUGUACAGGGCCCUGGCGAGACCACUCCAGGUGUGGUCUCACCAGGGCCCAGUACAACUGCAGAAGGACCUCUUUGCUCCUAUACUAAAUUCCUCGCGUUAAGAAGGCCAACAUGCCAACAGCUUUCUUCACUGCCUGCUGUACCUGCAUGCUUACUGUCAGUGACUGAUGUUCUAAGACUUCCAGACCCCGAUGUACUUCCCCUUUCCCUAACCUGACACCAUUCAGAUAAUAAUCUGCCUUCCCGUUCUUGCCGCGAAAGUAGAUAACCUCACAUUUAUCUACAUUAUACUGCAUCUGCCCAUUCACCCACCUGUCCACGUCACUGUGCAUCCUCAUAGCAGUGACCUAUUAAUCCCUACUCUUUGUUCCUGUCUGCCAACCAAUUUUCUAUCCAUGUCAAUACUCUACCCCCAAUACCUUGUGCCCUAACUUUGCCGACUAAUAUCCUAUGUGGGACCUUAUCAAAUGCUUUCUGAAAGUCCAGAUACACUACAUCCACUGGCUCUCCCUUGUCCAUUUUCCUAGUUACAUCCUCAAAAAAUUCCAGAAGAUUAGUCAAGCAUGAUUUCCCCAUCGUAAAUCCAUGCUGACUCGGACCGAUCCUGUUACUGCCAUCCAAGUGUUCGUCUAUCUCAUCUUUUAUAAUUGACUCCAGCAUCUUCCCCACCACCGAUGUCAGGCUAACUGGUCUAUAAUUCCCUGUUUUCUCUCUCCCGCCUUUCUUAAAAAGUGGGAUAACAUUAGUUACCCUCCAAUCCACAGGAACUGAUCCUGAGUCUAUAGAACAUUGGAAAAUGAUCACCAAUGUGUCCACGAUUUCUAGAGAAACCUCCUAGAGUACCCUGGGAUGCAGACCAUCAGACCCUGGGGAUUUAUCAGCCUUCAGUCCCAUCAGUCUAUCCAACACCAUUUCCUGCCUAAUGUGGAUUUCCGUCAGUUCCUCCGUCACCCCAGAUCCUCUGGCCACUACUAUAUCUGGGAGAUUGUUUGUGUCCUCAUCAGUGAAGACAGAUCCAAAAUACCUGCUCAUUUGCCAUUUCAUUGUUCCCCAUAAUAAAUUAAUCUGUUUCUGUCUCCAAGGGACCCACAUUUGUCGUAACUAAUUUUUUCCUCUUCACAUACCUUAAGAAGCUUUUACUAUCCUCCUUUAUAUUCUUGGCGAGCUUACCUUCAUAAUUCUUUUCUCCCCGUAUUGCCUUUUUCGUUACCUUGUUGAAGUUUAAAAGUUGCCCAAUCUCUGGCUUGCCGCUCAUCUUUCUGUGUUAUAUGUCUUCUCUUUUAUUUUUAUACUGUCCUUGACUUCCCUUGUCAGCCACGGUCGCCUCUUACUCCCCUUAGAAUCUUUCUUCCUCUGGAAUGAACUGAUCCUGCACCUUCUGUAUUAUUCCUAGAAACGCCUGCCAUUGUUGUUCCAUUGUCAUCCAUGCUAGGGUAUCUUUCCAGUCAACUUUGGCCAGCUCCUCCCUCAUGCAAACAUAGUUCCCUUUGUUCAACUGCAAUACUGACACCUCCGAUUUACCCUUCUCCCUCUCAAAUUGCAGAUUACAAUUUAUCAUAUUAUGGUCACUACCUCCAAAUGGCUCCUUUACCUUGAGUUCCGUUAUCAAAUCUGGUUCAUUACACAACACUAAAUCCAGAAUUGCUUUCUCCCUGGUAGGCUCCAAUACAAUCUGCUCUAAGAAUCCAUCACGGAGGCACUCCACAAACUACCUUUCUUGGGGUCGAGUACCAACCUGAUUUUCCCAAUCUACCUGCAUGUGAAAUCUCCCACAACAAUCGUAACAUUACCUUAGGUACAUGCUAAUUUUAGCUCUUGAUGCAACUUGCACGCUAUCUCCAGGCUACUGUUUGGGGGCCUUUUACAUAACUCCCAUUAGGGUCUUUUUACCCUUACAAUUUCUCAGUUCUAUCUUCAAUGACUAUAAGUCUCCUGAUUCUAUGUCAUCCCUCGCAAGGGACUGAAUUUAAUUCCUUACCACCAGAGCUACCCCACCCUCUCUGCCCACCUGUUUGUAUUUUCGAUAGGACGUAUACCAGUUCCCAGCUACAAUCCUCUUGCAGCUCUGUAAUUCCCACAACAUCAUACAUAGAAGGCAGUGGAGGCCAAUUCACUGGAUGUUUUCAAGAUAGAGUUAGAUUUAGUUCUGAGGGCUAACGGAAUCAAGGGAUAUGGGGAGAAAGCAGGAACGGGGUACUGAUUUUAGAUGAUCAGCAAUGUUUCUCCCACUUGCAUGUCAAUUCCCUCACGAUCAUGUCCAGUUUGCUUUUGACAAUCCACAUUGAGCCCAGUAUCACUACCUGGAAAUGCAGACUCUAUCAGAUUGAAACCACGCACGCUCUGCUACAUCAGCAACAUCGGUCGGUGUUGCUACUUCCACAUCAGCAACAAGGGAUUGCCUCACUGCUGACCAUGGUGAAGUUGAAAUACCAACCCAUAUCAUCCCAUGGCAGUUCUGUUAGCAGAGAGGGGUAUUCACUCUUAGAGCAAUCGAAUUGUUAGUUGUCCGCAGUGUGUAGAGAGUGGAUGAACAGAACGGGUGAUCGAUGGGAGGCGUGGAUUUGGUGGACCGAAGGGCCUGAUUUCAUGCUCUAUCUCUAAACUAAACUAAACUAAAUUCAUUCAAACAAGAGGAUAUCUAAUUGUUUUUAUUUUUCAACUGGUGAAGUUGCAGUUUGAAAACAAGCCAAUCCAUUCCCUACAUUACAAGUAUAACUGACUACAAAAAGUGUGUCAUUAUGGAAUGUUCUUGCCACCAAAGGCACUGUAGAAAUAUAACGAUUUCUUGAUUAUUGCAGUGCUGAGUGAAACAUAGAAGCAGAAUGAGGCCAUUCAGCCCAUCAAGUCUACUCUGCCAUUCAAUCAUGGCUCACAACCCCAUUCUCCUGCCUUCUCCUCAUAACCCCUGACACCCGUACUAAUCAACAAUCUAUCUAUCUCUGCCUGAAAAAUACCCAAUGACUUGGCCUCCACAGCCGUCUGUGGCAGUGAAUUCCACAGAUUCAACACUCUCUGAAUAAGGAAAUGUCCCUUCAUCUCCUUUCUAAAGGUAUGUCCUUUUACUCUGACGCUGUGCCCUCUGGUCCGAGACUCUCCCACUAGUAGAACCAUCCUCUCCACAUCCACUCUAUUCAUGCCUUUCACUAUUCGGUAAGUUUCAAUGAGGUCCCCCCUCAUUGAAACAUAAUGAGUUCAUCAUCCUUAUACUCCACGAUACAUAACACUCAAGUUUAAAUCUUCCCCAUAACAACCUGGGCAACUUCAGUCUCUGUGGAGACAUUAUCCUGAGUCUAUUGAAAGGCACGUUACAUACAAGUUUACAGUGGCCUUGGAAUCAUUUUGCAGUUUUGAGCCCAUGCCCGUAAAGAUGUGCACCCUAUAUCCCGGGCCUAGAAUCUGGGAGCCCAGUGUGCUCGAGUAACUCAGCGGGUCAGGCAGCAUCUGUGGAGAACAUGGAUAGGUGACGUUUCACAGAGUGCUGGAGUAACUCAGCAGGUCAGACAGCAUUUGUGGAGAACAUGGAUAGGUGACGUUUCUCAUCAGAAUACGGUGCCAGGGAUGACACACUGCCUGCUUUUAUUCAGGAAAUAUUACUUAUUCCAAGUGAACAUCUUCAAUGAGAAACAAUCUUCAACAAAACACAAUCUAUGAAGGCAAUAAACUACCAAGUAUGUUGAAACAAAGAACCAGAUGCUGGUUUAUACCACAGAUAGACACAAAGUGCAGGAGUAACUCAGCGGGUCAUGCAGCAUCUCUGGAGAAUAAGUUACUCCAGGACUUUGCGUCUAUCUUUGGUAGCUACUACACAUGCAUGACCUCGGUACACGGGUACACACGCGUGUACCAUCACUUCACACAUGCCCAUUGUUCCUGCCAAUGGCUGCAAUAUUUUGCAGCCUCUUGUGCUCAGACAAUCUAUCCAGGGUCAAUGAUCAGAGUACGGCGUCAGGGCUGACACAAUCCCCACCUUAAUUCACCAAUAUUACUUACACUAAGUAAACAUCUUUAUUGAGAAACAACCCACGACAAAACAGACGUAAUGUACGACCAUUGGAAUAUUGAAUGAAGAAGAUUGAAAGUUAUUGGACACGUACAGUCUGUGAAAAGACAAUGUUUGUCAUGAUUGUCACUACUGAAAUUUGUUGUGGAUUUAUGUGCAGUUUUUUUUGCUUUAAAAUAACUUUUGUUAUUGUAUUGGUAAAAAGCAUUUGAAUUAAAAACAAAUAUUUUAAAGA